AUGUCCCUCGCCUCGCUCGUCCCGGAUACUCGGGUUGACCCAGCUCUCCUUCCUUCGCUGCUGCCCUGGAGCCUGCGCUUCAACUUCCUCUACCCCUACUGCGACCUCUUCUCCCACAUCGUGCCCACCGAACCUGGGCCCCCUCGCUGGAACGCCGAACUCGAAGCCUACUACCGCACCUUCGACACGCAGGUCUGGUAUCUCCUCGGACACGAUCACGACACCGAUACAUUCGCCCUCGAGAAGCUGCGGUCGAGGCAAGGCGAGCUCAAGCGACGCAAGCGCAAGAAGGAGCAUGGCGAUGGAGUUCCCUGGGCCGACUUGGAAGCCGCCAUUGCCGCCGUUCAAUCCCGCAUAUUGAUGCGAUGGAGCAAGCUUCUUGGCCUGCACGAAAUCCGCCUCGUCUUUCUCAGACCGCUGGAGAAGCUGCAUCAUUCGUACGACGACUUCUACCUCAUGAGGAAGGUCUUGCCGCCCAUGCCCUACGAGCGCCCUAUCGCGCGACCUUGUUCUCUGUGGCCUAUCUCUGCGCGGGUACCGCAUUACUGCGACCGGCAGAAACGGGUGUGCCUCUGGCACGACGGCGUCAACUGGGACGAGUACGCUCUGCCGGACCGCCCGACAACCGACUCGGCGAGGCGGCGAUUCGAGCCGACGGCAGCGGAGGUGCUGGAAGAUGCGGAGGAGUCGGGUGAAGCGGGAUGGGCGGAGGCAACGAUGGACGACACGACAACUCCUCUCCUUCUCGCACGCUCGAACGGAGCGCGCUCGUCCGCCUUCAUUCCAGCAUUUACGGGCCUCUUCCAUCGCCGGCACGGGCAGGCAACGUAG